AUGCUGACAGACUAAAGUUUCGUCGGUUUGUUUGUACAAGGAACUUCCCAUUACAGGAAUGAUGCAGAAUCAAAGAUAUUUUGGAAUUCUACACCUUGGAAUUUUGAUAUGGACGUCAUUUUGUAUUAAAGACUCGCUACAGGGGGAAUAUCAGCGGAAGUUGUAUAAGGAGUUGUUGGAGAACUAUAACCGACUGGAAAGGCCUGUUCUCAAUGAUUCUGCACCUAUAGUGGUGGAACUGGGACUCACACUGCUUCAGAUCAUAGAUGUGGAUGAAAAAAAUCAGGUAUUAAUAACCAACGCCUGGCUACAGCUGGGAUGGACGGAUGUCUAUCUGAGCUGGAACCCUGAUAACUAUCCUGGUGUUCAGACCCUGCGUUUCCCAUCCAAUCAGAUCUGGACACCAGAUAUUCUGCUGUAUAACAGUGCUGAUGAGAGAUUUGAUGCCACCUUCCAUACAAACGUCUUGGUUAAUGCAUCAGGUUCCUGUCAGUACAUACCACCAGGUAUUCUGAAGAGUACAUGUUACAUAGAUGUGCGCUGGUUCCCAUUCGAUAUACAGAAAUGUGACCUCAAGUUUGGCUCCUGGACUUAUAACGGCUGGCUGCUGGACCUACAGAUGCAGGCAGUGGACAUCUCUACAUACAUUCCCAAUGGAGAAUGGGAUUUAGUGGGGGUUCCUGGGAAGCGUAAUGAGUUGUAUUAUGAGUGCUGUAAGGAGCCAUACCCUGAUGUGACAUUUACAGUAACAAUGCGCAGACGAACAUUGUACUACGGUCUGAACCUGCUCAUUCCCUGUGUGCUCAUCUCCGGCCUGGCUCUGCUUGUCUUCCUGCUGCCAGCAGAUUCUGGAGAGAAGAUAUCACUGGGUAUCACUGUCCUCUUGUCAUUAACUGUCUUCAUGCUGCUUGUGGCUGAGAUCAUGCCAGCCACCUCUGACUCAGUUCCUCUCAUAGCUCAGUACUUUGCCAGCACCAUGAUGAUUGUGGGUUUGUCCGUUGUUGUCACCGUCCUCGUUUUGCAGUUUCAUCAUCAUGAUCCACAAGGGGGAAAGAUGCCAAGAUGGGUGCGUGUGAUCCUGCUUAACUGGUGUGCCUGGUUCUUGCGCAUGAAGAAGCCAGGUGAGGAACGCAAAGCCAGCUACAAAUAUAACCACUCUCCAGUGCACCACGCAAGUGCCAGCAGCAUUCAGAUGGGAGUCAUGCCCGGUCAGCCAUCCUCUACCAACUCCACCACCAACGGUCACAUGAACCUGUAUUUUGGCUACCACUCCAUUGACAGUGCUUGCUGCCCACCCAGCAGCGACUCUGGUGUGUCUUGCAGCGGUGGGCGGGUCGGCGGGUCACCAAACGAAGAACAGCGGGAGGCAGUUAGGAUGUUUUUAGGUGAACAGGAGAUCCAUCGCAUCCUAGCGGAGGUGAUGUACAUAGCUCAGCGGUUCCGUGACAAGGAUGAGGCUGAGGCCAUCUGCAGCGAGUGGAAAUUUGCAGCAGCAGUUGUGGAUCGGCUCUGUCUGGUGGCAUUUUCACUUUUCUCCAUUAUCUGCACCUUUACCAUUCUCAUGUCUGCACCAAACUUCAUUGAGGCUGUCUCGAAGGACUUCACAUAAUCGUAAUAGCAUUGCAUUUUCAUUUGUUUUCUUUUGUGUUUAAAGAUAUAAAUAUAUAAAAAACAUCACGUGAUUGAGUGUGAGAAGUGUCUACCACCAAAGUCGAUUCC